GAGCCCCACGGCCUGGUCCAUCCUGCCCUGGAGAUCACCCCCUUCCCGCCCAUCUCUUAAUGGAACAGGAGGAGGGGCGGGUCCUCCGACGCGACCCAUUGUGACGCCACGACGCCGAGAGAACCCAGAGAAGCGAGCUCUGCUGGGACCGGAGCUGCUAAGCGUUCCAAGAGAUUGUCAAUGGCCACGUGACCCAGACGUGCCAUCCAUUGCUAUUCGGACCUCGUCUUCCCCUGCAUGAGAAGACAUUGCUGUCUGUUCCCAGGGGAUCUGGGACCCUGGACUCUGGCCCCGCUGACCUCUGAGCUCUUGAAAACUGCUCAGCUUCACGAUGAAUCAGCUAAAGGUCCUGGCUGCCAGGUUUCGACCUUGGGCCUCUCAGCUUCUGUCGAAGCUCAAUGGCCCACUGCCGAGUCAGCGAGCUAUGUCCUCUGGGCCACCUGAGGCCUUCCUGAGCAGUGCCAACAGCAGCUAUGUGGAGGAGAUGUACUUUGCGUGGCUAGAAAACCCACAGAAGGUGCAUAAGUCCUGGGAUACCUUUUUUCGGACCGCCAGCAUGGGAGUAACCAAAGAUCAUACCCACGGAGGACUUCCAUGUGUUAUUCACACGGCUGCUCUCCAAGAGGGCCCCGGACGCAUCCAGAACAAGGCCAAGACCGAGAAGCUUGUGGCGGAUCACUUGGCUGUACAAUCUCUGAUCCGGGCCUAUCAGAUCCGGGGCCACCAUGUGGCCCAACUGGAUCCCCUUGGAAUUCUGGAUGCUGACCUGGAUUCAUUUGUACCCUCGGAUUUAAUCACCACCAUUGAUAAGCUGGCCUUCUAUAAUCUUCAUGAAUCUGACUUGGACAAGGUUUUCCAUUUGCCCACGACCACCUUCAUUGGGGGCACAGAGAGCACCCUGUCUCUGAGGGAGAUUAUCAAACGCUUGGAGAACACUUACUGCCAGCACAUCGGCCUGGAGUUCAUGUUCAUUAAUGAUGUGGAACAGUGCCAAUGGAUCCGGCAGAAGUUUGAGACUCCUGGAGUGAUGAAAUGCACCAAUGAGGAGAAGAGGACGUUGCUGGCGCGGCUGGUGCGGUCCACGAGAUUUGAGGAUUUCCUGGCCCGGAAGUGGUCCUCAGAGAAGCGAUUUGGCUUGGAAGGUUGCGAGGUCAUGAUUCCUGCCCUCAAGACGAUCAUCGACAAGUCAAGCGAGAUGGGGAUUGAGAACGUGAUUCUGGGAAUGCCACACAGGGGCCGCCUCAAUGUCUUGGCCAAUGUGAUCCGCAAAGAACUCGAGCAGAUUUUCUGUCAGUUUGACCCCAAGUUGGAGGCGGCAGAUGAGGGCUCAGGGGAUGUCAAGUAUCACUUAGGCAUGUAUCACGAGAGGAUCAACCGAGUUACAAACAGGAACAUCACGCUGUCUUUGGUGGCCAACCCUUCCCAUCUGGAGGCCGUGAACCCUGUGGUGCAGGGGAAGACAAAAGCUGAACAAUUCUAUCGGGGAGAUACGGAGGGCAAGAAGGUCAUGUCCAUCUUGGUCCACGGAGAUGCGGCCUUUGCAGGACAGGGUGUUGUCUACGAGACUUUCCACCUCAGUGACCUGCCAUCCUAUACCACCAAUGGCACUAUCCAUGUCGUGGUCAACAACCAGAUCGGAUUCACUACAGAUCCCCGAAUGGCGCGUUCCUCCCCCUACCCCACAGACGUGGCACGUGUGGUCAAUGCACCCAUCUUCCAUGUGAAUGCAGAUGACCCAGAGGCCGUGAUCUACGUCUGCAGUGUGGCUGCUGAGUGGAGAAACACCUUCAACAAGGAUGUUGUCGUAGACCUGGUGUGUUACCGCCGGCGCGGGCACAACGAGAUGGAUGAACCCAUGUUCACUCAGCCUCUCAUGUACAAGCAGAUUCACAAACAGACGAUGGUCUUGAAGAAGUAUGCAGACAAACUGAUCUCUGAGGGCACUGUCACCCUGCAGGAGUUUGAGGAAGAAAUCUCCAAAUAUGACAGGAUUUGUGAAGAAGCUUUUACUAGGUCCAAGGAUAAGAAGAUUCUGCACAUUAAACACUGGCUGGAUUCCCCAUGGCCUGGCUUUUUCAACAUGGAUGGAGAACCUAAGAGCAUGACGUACCCUGCCACGGGCAUCCCCGAGGACAUACUGUUGCACAUUGGCAAUGUGGCCAGCUCAGUACCCCUCAAGGAUUUCAGGGUCCACCCAGGCGUCUUUCGUAUCCUGAAAAGCCGAGUGGAGCUGGUCAAGCGUCGGAUGGUGGACUGGGCCCUGGCUGAAUACAUGACCUUCGGCUCCCUCCUGAAGGAAGGGAUCCAUGUGCGGCUGAGUGGGCAGGAUGUGGAGAGGGGCACGUUCAGUCACCGCCACCAUGUGCUACAUGACCAGGAAGUUGACCGGAGGACAUGUGUCCCUAUGAAUCACCUCUGGCCUGACCAGGCUCCCUACACCGUGUGCAACAGUUCCCUCUCGGAAUAUGGAGUCCUGGGGUUUGAGCUUGGCUUCGCCAUGGCCAGUCCCAAUGCCCUUGUGUGUUGGGAAGCCCAGUUUGGUGACUUCUAUAACACUGCUCAGUGCAUCAUCGACCAGUUCAUCAGUUCUGGCCAGACCAAGUGGGUACGCCACAAUGGCAUCGUGUUGCUCCUCCCCCAUGGCAUGGAGGGCAUGGGCCCUGAACACUCCUCUGCCCGACCAGAGAGGUUCCUGCAAAUGAGCAAUGAUGAUUCAGAUGCCUAUCCAGAGUUCAGUGAUGACUUUGAGGUGGGACAACUCUAUGAUUGCAACUGGAUUGUGGUCAACUGCUCCACACCUGCCAACUACUUCCAUGUGCUCCGCAGGCAGAUCCUGCUCCCCUUCCGGAAGCCGCUGAUCAUCUUUACUCCCAAGUCCUUGCUACGGCACCCUGAGGCCAGGUCCAGCUUUGAUGAUAUGAUGCCUGGUACCAGCUUCCGACGGAUGAUUCCUGAAGAGGGAUCAGCUUCCCAGGCACCGAAGGAUGUGAAGCGGCUGAUAUUUUGUACAGGAAAGGUAUACUAUGACCUGGUAAAGGAACGGAAAAACCAGGAUCUGGAGAAGCGAGUAGCUAUUACUCGGGUGGAACAGAUCUUUCCCUUCCCCUUUGACCUAAUAAAACAAGAAAUUGAAAAAUACUCGGGAGCUGAACUCAUCUGGUGUCAAGAAGAACACAAAAACAUGGGCUACUAUGACUACAUCAGCCCUCGGUUCCUCACCGUCAGCCGCACUCGGCCCAUAUGGUACGUUGGUCGUGAUCCAGCUGCUGCUUCCGCCACAGGGAACAAAAAUACUCACCUGGUUUCGUUGAAAAAGUUCCUGGACACGGCCUUCAACCUGGAGGCAUUUGAGGGAAAGACAUUUUAGACUCCCCCUGUCUCCUUCGGGGUGAUGAGACGGAGUGCCUUCCAAAGAUUGUGAGAUGACCCCAAGGACAUGGGGGGAGUGGGUGGGGGGCCAGCCUUUUGCAGGUUUGAUUUUUUUUUUUUUUCCCUUUUCUGUUGAGGCUCUGAGGAAGGAAGAGACAGACAGGUGCAGGCAGAAGAGGACCUUGGGCUGGGGUCUGAUGUAGGGGCUGACAACACACCUUUGCCUCUCCCCUCCUACCUGCAGGUUUAACUCUCUCUUCCUGGGUUCUCUUCCUGCCUACUUAAUUAGGAUCUUAUCUCUUUCUAGAGCCAAUGGAAAUGACUGGUUGGCUGAGACCAGCCUGCUUGUCUCUUGCCAUUUUUGCAGCCCGAUGUGAUUAAAUGAAUAAGCAGUAGAUGAAAAGAAAAUAUUAUUUUAUGUCCUUUUAAAUGGGAAUUUCAGCAAUAAAACCUGGGCGAAGCUAAGUAAUGUUGGAACAAUUGAGUCUUUUUGUGUCCUGUUUUACGGGGCUGUAUAAUACAAAGUUUGUCUACCCCAUGUUAUUGGUGUGCCCAGGACUCAGUGUGUACCAAAGUAGAAAACAGAAUUUAUGUAGAAAUAAACAAUGGUAAAAACAGA